AAUUCGAGUCGACCCCUCAUCUCACUGACCCGUUUCCUUUGUCACUUUUUUGACACGUUCAGUUUUUAUACUAUUUUUACACCAUGUCAUUUUACAACUUUAUAUUAUUUAUUUUCACUUUCACGAGAUUCCCACUCAGAUUCACGUACUAUUGUUCAGAUUUGUUUUUCGACAUAAUACAUAAUGUGCUAAAUGCUGUGCUAUGACUAUUUUUAUACCUCGCUUACGUAGAGGUAUGGGACUGUUCCAAGGCGUUUUAUUCGCAAGUCUGCAAUGAGAACUGGGUUAAAAUUGUUCAUUUUUUUUUAACGUAAAAUUGAAAAAAUGGUCGGAACCAGAAUUUAUACAGUAGAGGGAGGCGGAUUUUUGAAAAGGGCAAACGAAACACAUCUAAGAGAAAUAUUCAACAAGUAUGCCUCCGUUGAUAAAAACGGAGAGAAAUUUAUGACAGCUGAGGAUUUCGUGAUAAAAUAUUUGAAUAUUUUGGACCAGAACAAUUACAACGCUGAUACGCUAAGACUUUUGGCUGCCAUAGUAGACACGAGCAAGGAUGGACUUAUUUCAUAUCCGGAAUUUCAAGCCUUCGAAGGGCUACUCUGCUUUCCAGACGCCUUGUACAAAACUGCCUUUCAGUUAUUUGACACCAACGGAAAUGGAAUGGUUAGUUUUCAGGAGUUCCUUGAGGUAAUGCAAAAGACAGAUCUUCACAGGAAAAUUCCCUUCAACAUGGAGUCUCCGUUCGUUCAACUCUAUUUCGGAAAAGAGAAAAACCGCUUAGUAACUUAUAACGAGUUCAGUCAGUUCCUGCAUGAUUUUCAUGAAGAAUAUGCUAUUGAAGGUUUUAGAAGGGCUGAUAAAAAUGGUACAGGUUUUAUUUCUAUUUUGGAUUUUCAGGAAAUCAUGGUUAGCAUCAAGAGUCAUUUGCUUACCAAACAGGUCCAAUCCCAUCUGAUUGAGGUAAGAUAAAAAAGUUAAUUGAUG